AUGCUUGCGGUGGCACCUUUGAGGAGCAUCAAAGAUGAAAAGAACAAAGGAGAGAUGGAAGGUUUCUCGAUGGCAACAGCAACAACAUCAGAUGAUGUUGACUUUGGUGACCUUUCUGAAGGGGGCCUGUUGGAGAGCAUCAACUUUGACGACCUCUUCGUCGGCAUCGACAUUGAUGGAGAUGUCUUGCCGGAUUUGCAGAUGUUCGGUGAGUUCUCUGUCAGUGCCCGAGAAGAGUCAUCGGAAAUGAACUCAUCAUCGGCGAAUAGCAAGGUGGAAAAUGAUAAAAAAUGUGUUACUACUGCUUCAAAGAAGGAAGAGGAAAAUAAAACUUCUUGUGCUGCUUCAGAUCAAGACUUGGGGUCAAACCGAAGAGAGGAGAUAGUGAGCAAGAGUGGUGAAUCCGUGGUGGUGAAUCCGCCUGCAAAGGAAGGUGGAAAAGGAAAAAAAUCUACAUCAGGUCAACCGAAGAGUAAUAGUAGCAGUAAUAAUUCUCAGGGGAAGAGAAAAGUGAAGGUGGAUUGGACCCCAGAAUUGCAUAGGCGAUUUGUGCAAGCUGUGGAACAGCUAGGAGUGGAUAAAGCAGUGCCUUCCAGGAUUUUGGAGAUUAUGGGAAUUGAUUGUCUCACUCGCCAUAAUAUUGCUAGUCACCUUCAAAAAUAUAGAUCUCAUAGGAAACACUUGCUGGCUCGUGAGGCUGAAGCAGCAAGUUGGAGUCAAAGGAGGCACUUCUAUGGUGGUGGUGGAAGUGGAGGGAAGAGAGAGAGUAGUCCAUGGCUAGCACCCACCAUGGGAUUCCCUCCUCCAAUGGCCACAAUGCACCAUUUUAGACCUCUACACGUGUGGGGGCACCCCUUCACGGACCAGUCCUUCGUGCGCAUGAGGCCUAAACAUCUUCCACCUUCACCACCACUUUCGUGGCCACCAGCUGCAGCACCCCACGACCCUUCGUUUUGGCAUCAACGGGCUCCAAAUGCACUGAUAACAGGAACAGCAUGUUUUCCACGACCUCUGACACCAACGGGUUUUGGAAGUCCCCUUGUCCCCGGCAUCCCACCCCAUGCCAUGUACAAAGCAGAUCACACCAUUGCCAUCCAUACUCCCCGACCUCUAUUCGAUUUUCAUCCUUCAAAAGAGUGCAUAGAUGAAGCUAUUGGAGAUGUUUUAUCAAAGCCAUGGCUACCCUUACCUCUUGGACUGAAGGCUCCAGCACUUGAUAGUGUGAUGAGUGAAUUGCAGAGACAAGGGAUUCCAAACAUUCCACCCUCUAGUGCUUGA